UCAUGCGUUCGAGUUCACGGUAACGGUAACGUGCGUGUCACUGUCCGCUGCUCGGUGAACCGGCAGCUCUUACUGCCUACAGGCUGCUACCGUUUACCGGCUCCGUUACCGGGUUAGAGGAGCAGCUACCGGGUUAGCUAACGGCUAACGGGAGAUGGAGGAGUUUCUAUCGAGCUGCCGUCAAACUGUGCAGGCAAACGUGGAUCAGGCUGAACCAGGGUUCCACGUGGUUCUGGGGAAUGAGGCCUGCGAUGUGGACUCCAUGGUGUCCGCUUUGGCCUUCGCCUACUUCCUGUCCAAGACGGCGCCCAGCAAGACGCUCGUCGUCCCGCUGCUGAACAUCCGGCAGGCGGACCUGGUCCUGCGGUCAGAUAACCUCUUCCUGCUGCGCCAGACCGGCUUCUCUCCAGACCUCCUGCUGUUCAGGGACCAGCUGGACCUGCAAGCGCUGCAUCGAGCCGGCCGCCUGCGCCUAACGCUGGUAGAUCACAACGUCCUGCCCAGUUCAGACAGUGACCUGGAGGAGGCGGUAGUGGAGGUGAUCGACCAUCACCUGCAGGAAAGAGAGCCCUCCCCCACCUGCCCCGUUACCGUGGAGACGGUGGGAUCCUGCGCCACCUUGAUAACAGAACGCAUCAUCCAGAAAGCUCCGGAGAUCCUGGACCAGCAGCUCGCUCAGCUGCUCUACGCGGCGAUCCUGCUGGACUGCGUCAACAUGGCUCCGGCAGCAGGGAAGGUUACACCGAAAGACAGUCAGUACGCUGCAGCGCUGGAGGCUCGGUUCCCCUCAUUACCUCCGCGUGGCGCCUUCUUCCAGGCGCUGCAGAACGCCAAGUUCGACGUCUCAGGUCUGAACACGGAGCAGAUGUUGCUGAAGGACAUGAAAGCUGUUUCAGGAAGUUUAAAUCUCGUCAUCUCUGUUCUCUACAUCACACUGGAGGACUUCCUGCAGAGGGCGGACUUGGAGGCGGAGCUCUCGGCUUUCUGUCGGAAGCUGGGAUUGGAUCUUCUCCUCCUGAUGACCAUUUCCUUCACGGAGGGCAAAGAGCCAAUCAGAGAGCUGGCUGUGUUCAGCCACAGCGCCAACUGCAGGGAGCAGGUGAGCGAGUACCUGGAGCGAGCUCGUAACCCCGCCCUCAACCUCUGUCCAAUCAGCAGCCCCCAUCCUCACAUCGCAGCCUAUCACCAAGGAAACACACUUGCGUCCCGUAAGAAGGUCCUCCCCAUCGUUAAGGACUUCCUGCGGGAGCGUGAAGGAGACGGUCGCCUAGGAGACGGCUGUGAGGACGAGGGAGGGGGGGUGCCGCCCACCCCGAUGAACAGCCUGGUGGAGGGCUGCCCGCUGGACGCCGGCCUGCUCGGCCUAUCACAGGCUCUGCACGACAAGAUCAGCAAGAUGGCCGACAGGGACUGAGGGACGGACCGACCGUAUGACAUCACUUCCUGCUGCCUGAUUAUAACCAAACUACUUCCUGUUGUAGUGUAGAGUUUUCUUCCCUUCCUCCUUCCCUUCCUUCUUCCCUCC